GAGGCUUAGGCCAUGGGCCCAACGACUUGAAGAGAGACUGCAAUUUGUGCAGAGUGGCAGCAGAUGGACCGGAUACAGGGCAAGCAUGAGGCCCAGGGCGGUGGCUGAGGAUGUUCUUCCACUCAGUAUUUCCUCCGUACCGGAAGAGGGCGCUGCUUCCAGGCGCCGAGAGAAAGAGAAACUACGUGGAGGUGCCGCAAGUCCGCGCUAGCAGCUGACGCAUGCGCACAGUUAAUAGCGCUAGAUCGGCUCCCGGUUCUCUGCUAGAGCUGCGGAUUGGACUCACGGCCCGGGCGUGAUGGGUAACCGGACCGGUGGUAUCCCCAGGACAGGUAGUGGGCACGGGCACAUCGCUGGCGCUGUCCUCUCUCCUGUCCCUGCUGCUCUUCGCCGGGAUGCAGAUGUACAGCCGCCAGCUGGCCUCCACCGAGUGGCUGACCAUUCAGGGGGGCCUGCUUGGCUCUGGCCUCUUCGUCUUCUCUCUCACUGCCUUCAAUAAUCUGGAGAAUCUUGUCUUUGGCAAAGGAUUCCAAGCAAAGAUUUUCCCUGAGAUUCUCCUCUGUCUCCUUUUGGCUCUUUUUGCAUCUGGCCUCAUCCACCGAGUCUGUGUCACUACCUGCUUCAUCUUCUCCAUGGUUGGUCUGUACUACAUCAACAAGAUCUCUUCCACCCUGUACCAGGCAACAGCUCCAGUCCUAACACCAGCCAAGGUCACAGGCAAGGGCAAGAAGAGAAACUAACUUUGAAUGUUCAAUAAAGUUGAUUCUUU